CAGCACGCAGAUCGGAUGGAUUUGAAAGAGACUCGCAUCAUGCUCAGGUGGUCUGUCUUUCCCACUGAAGGAGAUCAUACAGGCUUCAUUUGGGGAAGAAAACAGUGGUGUGCAUGUUUAGAAUAUUAAGCAGAUUAUUUUUUUUAUAAUCAUGGAGGAGAGCAAUAGCUGUGAAGCAGUCCCAGAUUUAAAGGAUCUGGAGUUGAAAGUGGGGAGAAAGACCCCAGAGGGGCUAUUGAAAUGGAUGAGAGAGGAGCACAAAAUGAUCUCUCAUCAUCAGACUGACAGUAAUGAGACUGAGAAGAAGGGCCUGGAUGAGAAGAUCCGAAAACUUAAAAUGGAGAUGGCUCAUCUACGAGCAGCAGAUGUCAAGAUCUUGAACCAGUUGCUAGCGCUUCAUGAGGGCAUCGAGGCAGUGAAAUGGCUUCUGGAAGAGCGUGGUGCACUCACUAGUCACUGCAGCAGCCUGACCAGCAGCCAGUUCAGCUUAGGGGAGGGUCAAGACACCUCAUGGAGGGGCAGCUGGAGCAGUCUGCAGGACCCCCAUGACAAGCUGGACAACAUUUCCAUUGGCAGCUAUCUGGACACAUUAGCUGAUGACCUAGAUGAGUACUGCCCCUCUAGUGGGACUGAUUCAAUACUCACUGCCACCCCUUUGGGGACAGAUUGCUCCAGAGGUACUGGAGGAGGAGUGGGAAGUUCCACUGGAUCUGGAACCAGAUCACCACAAGUCAAGUCAGAUGCCCCUAAAGAAGAAGCUCAGGUUUGGAAUAAAGCACCCUCUGAUACAGCGAGACCGUACCAGCCCAACAAGACCAAUGGAAUCCUGGACAAAGCAGUGAAGCAAAUGGUCAGACCAGAUUCACCCAGGGCUUUUCUCGCUGAGAAGCUGGGGAAGAAUCUGAGCCCUAAAAUGAAACCCUACAAGAAUGGCACAGUUGAGUUGGAAAGCUGCAAAAUGAAUGGCAAAGUUCAACUGGAGUAUGACGCACACUGGCGUUGGGUGCAGUCACAGGAUGAUGUGACGUUUUUGUGAUAAUAUAUGCAUGAUCGAGCCAAAGGUGUUGAUGGGAGACUCCUCUGGUUCUCUAUUCACAACUGAGCUUUUGUUUGUAGACUUAGAUCUUUGAUUAAUUUGAGGCCAGCUUCUGAGAUCUCCUGAAAGGACAGAGGUUAAGAGGUCAGCAACGGAAAAGAAUCAGGAAUGGAUGGAAAGAAGCUUAGACCCGUGGGGGAUCAGUAUUUAAAAAUCCUGAAUUAAUGACAGUAUACUCUUUGUUAGGUUAUGUUGAUGUUUAUGGACGCAUGUUUCAAACGUAAAUUUCAUGUGAUAUCAUAAUCUUUUCUGUAAUGGCAUCUAUUGAUUCAGCACAACUAUAAAUUGAGUCAGUAAUUCAGGACUUUAUUGAAUAUGUCAGUAGAUUUAUUUCAUUUAAAUGAUGUAAUUUCAAUUCUAUGGGCUUAGAUCAUUUUAAAACAGUUCUCAGAAACAAUCAAAAUUCACCAUUAUCUUUUUUUGCAUACUACCAUAUAUGUUGUUAAAAGAAUUCUCCUAUGCUCACCAAGGUUGCAUUUAUUUGGUCAAAAUACAUUAAAAACAGAAAUAUUGUUAAAUAUUAUAACAAUUGAUAGUAACUUUUCUAUUUCAAUAUAUUUUAAAAUGUAUUUACUUAUGUGACGGCUGAAGUUUAAUAUUAAUCCUUAACAUUUUUGUGGAAACUGAUAAAAUAUUUUUCAGGAUUCUUUAAUGAAUAGAAAGUAAAAAAAAAAAAAAAGAGCAUUUAUUUGAAAUUGAAACCAUUUGUAACAUUACAAAUGUAUUUAAUGUAUUUCAAAAGAGUGCACAAAUGCUCACAUUUUACAUUUCCUUCAUAUUUUAAAGGGAACCAAAGUUUGUUCAGCUAAAAUUAUCCAAAAGCUUGAAGCCACAGCAAUUUAUUUAGUUAAAAUCAGAUUGAAUAGAUUUUGUUAUGCUGUCUAACCAUUUUGUUUGUCCUUUAUGCUGAUUAACACCAAAGUCCAGUGUGUUCCUUUGAGUUAACAUUUAAAGGUCAAAGAAUAAAUCCAUUCUGAAUACAAAGCAUGUGCCCAUCUGUUACAAUGUGACCCUGAGUUCAGAAUCAGCAACACCCUUGAGUUGCCUUUGACAAUUAAUUAUACAAUCAGAAUGCCAUUUUUGCAUGGAUAUAAAUCAUGAAAAAGAAACUGCUUUACUCUGUAAGAAUGCAUAUGUAAUCAAUCAGUAAAAAUGCUGUAUUGUCAAUCUAAUCAGGGUUAACUCUGGGUAAGCUUUAAGUAGGAUCCUGUUUUGAAGUACUUGUUCAUACUGGUCCUGUUGGAUCCCCAAAUUAAAUUAGCUAAGAAAACAGGAACAGGAAAUUGAGGAUGUCAUAUGGCUUAUUACACUGCACAGAUCCAAUAGAAUAAUAUUGCUCACACAAAGGUAUGGAGGCCAGUGGUUGUGAUGUGCAUUUGUGACGUCUUUUCUGGUUAUUUACCAAGCAACUAAAGUGCACAUUUAAUUUAAAGAUGUUCAGAUGACUAACUUUUACCAAUUAAUCAAGUUCUAUAUCUGUUAUAUAUAGUUCUAUGUUUUGUAUGCCAAAAGAACUGCAUUGAUGUAAUUAUUAUUAUCAUUAUUAUUAUUAAAAAAAAAAUUUGGUCUAAUGGAGGAACUGAAAGUGCAAUCAGUAUUCAGCAAUUUAACAUUAAGUGUGUUAUCUAAUAAAACACUGUACUGUU